AUGACGUCAUCCCAGUUCCACAAAUCAAAGACUCUCGACAACAAAUAUAUGCUGGGAGAUGAAAUUGGGAAAGGAGCUUAUGGUCGAGUUUAUAUAGGAUUAGACCUGGAGAAUGGAGACUUUGUGGCCAUUAAACAAGUCUCAUUGGAAAAUAUUGUUCAAGAGGAUCUUAACACCAUUAUGAACUUGAACCAUAAAAACAUUGUCAAGUAUCUUGGUUCGUUGAAGACAAAGACUCAUCUUCACAUUAUUCUGGAGUACGUUGAGAAUGGCUCUCUUGCAAACAUUAUCAAACCGAAUAAAUUUGGACCUUUCCCAGAGUCGUUGGUGACUGUUUACAUUGCACAGGUCUUGGAAGGUUUAGUAUAUCUGCAUGAGCAGGGUGUCAUACAUCGUGAUAUCAAGGGUGCUAAUAUUUUGACAACGAAGGAGGGUCUUGUUAAGCUUGCUGACUUUGGAGUUGCCACUAAACUAAACGAGGCUGAUGCUAACACUCACUCAGUGGUUGGAACUCCUUACUGGAUGGCUCCUGAGGUUAUUGAAAUGUCAGGAGUUUGUGCUGCUUCUGACAUUUGGAGUGUUGGAUGCACUGUUAUCGAGCUUUUGACAUGUGUGCCUCCUUACUAUGAUCUGCAACCCAUGCCAGCUCUCUUUCGUAUUGUUCAGGAUGAUAGCCCUCCUAUUCCUGAUAGUCUCUCUCCAGAUAUUACAGACUUUCUACGACAGUGCUUCAAGAAGGAUUCGAGGCAGAGGCCUGAUGCGAAGACACUGCUCUCUCACCCUUGGAUACGGAACUCUAGACGAGCAUUGCAGUCAUCUCUUCGGCAUAGUGGAACCAUCAGAUAUAAGAAGGAUACUGCUUCAAGUUCAGAGAAGGAUGGUGAAGGUAGUCAAGAUGUAGCUGAAAGCCUCUCAGCAGAAAAAGUGGGGAUGUCAAAAACUAACUCGAAAAGCAAAUUACCUGCGGUUGGUGCGGGGAGUUUUAGGUCUGAGAAAGAUCAGUCUUCAGCCAGUGAUCUUGGUGAAGAAGGAACGGAUUCAGAAGAUGAUCUUAUGUCAGAUCAAGCUCCUACUUCGUCUAUCCAUGAUAAGUCUUCUCUUCAGUCUGGUUCUUGCAGUAUAUCUUCGGAUGCAAAGGAAACAUCUGAACAUGAUGAAAUACCUGAAACGGAAGCUUCUGAAGGUAGAAGAAACACUUCAGCAGCAAAGCAUGUUGGAAAAGAAAGUUCCAACCAGGCGGAGCAGAGAUCACAUAGCUUUAACCGGAAAGGCGAAGAUCGUGGCCAUAGAAAGGCUGUCAAGACUCAAUCUAGUUUUGGUGGGAACGAGCUGACUAGAUUUAGUGAUCCUCCUGGGGAUGCUUGUUUGCAUGAUUUGUUUCAUCCACUGGAAAAAGUUCCUGAAGGAAAGCCAAAAUUAGCCUUGACGUCGAUGCAUACGUCAAAUGUCAGUCAGGGUGACUCUCCUGUCGCAGACGGUGGGAAGAAUGACCUGGCAACAAAGUUGAGGGCAAGAAUUGCUCAAAAGCAGAUGGAGGGUGAAACAGGGAAUUCAAAUGAUGGCGGUGAUCUUUUCCGCUUAAUGAUGGGUGUUUUGAAAGAUGAUGUUAUUGACAUUGAUGGCUUGGUAUUUGAUGAAAAAGUACCAGCGGAGAAUCUUUUUCCUCUGCAGGCAGUUGAGUUCAGCAGAUUGGUGAGCUGUUUAAGGCCAGAUGAAACAGAAGAUGCAAUAGCAAAUUCUUGUCAGAAACUUGCUGCCAUGUUUCGUCAGAGACCUGAGCAGAAAGCAGUGUUUGUGACACAACAUGGUUUCCUCCCUCUUAUGGAUCUACUUGAUAUUCCUAAAUCUCGAGUAAUAUGUGGCGUGUUGCAGCUGAUAAACGAAAUUAUAAAAGAUAACAUCGACUUCCAGGAAAAUGCUUGUCUCGUUGGUCUUAUUCCUGUGGUAAUAAGUUUUGCUGGCCCUGAGAGGGAACGUUCUCGAGAAAUUCGUAAGGAAGCAGCCUACUUCUUGCAGCAGCUUUGUCAGUCAAGCUCCUUAACAUUGCAAAUGUUCAUAGCUUGCCGUGGAAUACCCGUUUUGGUGGGAUUUCUUGAAGCAGAUUAUGCCAAAUACAGGGAGAUGGUUCACUUAGCUAUUGAUGGGAUGUGGCAGGUGUUUAAACUCAAAAGAUCGACUCCAAGAAACGAUUUCUGCCGUAUAGCUGCAAAGAAUGGGAUUCUUCUUAGGCUAAUCAACACUCUUCAUAGCUUAAACGAGGCAACUCGACUGGCUUCUAUGUCAGGAGGCGCAUUGAUUCCUGAUGGUCAAACUCCACGAGCAGGCUCUGGUCAACUCGACUCAAACAAUCCUAUGUUUAGUCAGCAUGAGACUUCAUUCAGUGUCUUUGAUCAUCCUGAUGUGUUGAAAACUAGGCAUGGAGGUGGUGAAGAGCCUUCUCAUGCUUCAACUUCAAAUUCUCAAAGAUCAGAUAUUUACCAACCAGAUGGCUUGCACCUAGAUGGUGAUAGGCCUAGAUUAAGCAGUGUUGCACCAGAUUCCACGGAAGAUGUUAGACAACAGCAGCAGCAGCAUAGGAUCUCUCUCUCUGCCAAUAGAACAUCGUCGACAGAUAAGCUUCAGAAGCUGGCAGAGGCUGUGUCUAAUGGCUUUCCUGUUACUCAGCAAGAACAAGUCCGGCCUUUGCUUAGCUUGUUGGAGAAGGAACCUCCUUCAAGACGUUUUUCUGGUCAAUUGGAUUACGUAAAGCACAUCUCUGGCAUGGAGAGACAUGAAAGUAGACUUCCUCUUUUGCAUUCUUCAAUCGACAAGAAAACCAAUGGAGGAGGAGACCUUGAUUUCCUGAUGGCCGAAUUUGCAGAGGUCUCUGGACGUGGAAAGGAAAACGGAAAUCUUGAUGCUACGCAUAGAUAUUCCAGUAGAACGAUGACAAAGAAGGUUAUGGCUGUUGAAGGGGUCGCUUCCACAUCUCAGACAGCAUCUGGUGUACUGUCAGACCUCGCAAGAGAAUACCUGGAGAAAGUGGCUGAUCUCCUUCUUGAAUUUGCUCGAGCUGAGACCACAGUAAAGUCAUACAUGUGCAGCCAAAGCUUACUCAGUCGUCUUUUCCAGAUGUUCAAUCGUGUAGAACCUCCUAUUCUCUUAAAGAUACUGCAAUGCACCAAUCAUUUAUCCACUGAUCCGAAUUGCUUGGAGAAUCUUCAGCGUGCAGAUGCAAUCAAGCACUUGAUCCCUAACCUUGAGCUUAAGGAUGGGAAUCUUGUUUGUCAGAUCCAUCAUGAGGUCCUGUGUGCACUAUUCAACCUGUGCAAGAUAAACAAGAGGAGGCAAGAACAAGCGGCUGAGAAUGGAAUCAUACCACACCUGAUGCUUUUCGUCAUGUCGGAUUCUCCUCUGAAACAGUACGCAUUGCCACUACUGUGUGAUAUGGCUCAUGCGUCUCGGAACUCAAGAGAGCAGUUAAGGGCUCACGGCGGUCUGGAUGUUUACCUGAGUUUGCUCGACGAUGAAUAUUGGUCCGUGGUGGCCUUAGAUUCAAUUGCUGUCUGCUUGGCGCAAGACAAUGACAACCGCAAGGUGGAGCAGGCGUUGCUCAAGAAAGAUGCAAUUCAGCAAUUAGUUGACUUCUUCCAGAGCUGUCCAGAGAGACACUUUGUCCACAUACUGGAGCCAUUCUUGAAGAUUAUCACGAAAUCAUCUCGGAUCAAUACGACAUUGGCUGUAAAUGGAUUGACUCCGUUACUAAUUUCAAGGCUAGACCACCAAGAUGCAAUUGCUCGGCUUAACCUCUUGAAACUCAUAAAGGCUGUGUACGAGCACCAUCCAAGGCCAAAGCAGCUGAUAGUAGAGAACGAUCUACCUCAGAAACUGCAGAAUCUGAUAGAGGAGCGACGUGAUGGACAACGUUCAGGAGGUCAAGUUCUGGUCAAGCAAAUGGCAACAUCACUCCUCAAAGCACUUCACAUCAACACCGUCUUGUGA